AUGAAUAAUCAAACAGAUAAAAUAGUAAAUCUAUCACAUUUAAUAUUAAAUAAAAUAAUAUGUUGUUUAGAUGAUAAUAUAGACAGAUUUUGUUUCAGUUUAGUUUGUAAGAGAUGGUACAAAGAUAGAGAUAAAUAUUUAAUAUUGAAUCUUGAUAAUAUCUUUAUUAGAGGUGUUAAUAACACUGAUUUAAAAGAAAAUAAUGAUAGUUUUAGAUUACCUGCAUAUCAUAAUAUCUUUAUGAAAUCAAUUCAAUCAAAGACUAACUGUACACUCCUUAUUGGUAAAAAACUAACAUACCGAUCAAGUUAUGAUUUUAUUUUUGAAAAUGCUCGAGAUAUCAUUGCUAUUCCAUCUUAUAUAUCGACAGUAGCUGUUUUCACUCAACUUUCAGAGAGUGACAACCAAUAUCUAUAUCAAAUGAUGAGUGAAUCACGAUCAGUUACCGAAUUAAUUGGAUAUAGAUCAUUGAAAUAUAAGAUACCCAAUACAAUCACCAAGCUUUCAACUACUUUUAACUUUAAUGAGCCGCUUGUUAAAGGAUCACUUCCCAACACUCUACGACAUCUAUUUCUAGAUUCUGACAUCAACAACGAUUUUGAAGUAGGAGUAUUUCCAGAGGGUAUGACUAAAAUUGAACUUAUACACAAUUUUCAAUUCGAAUUGAAACCAGGAGUAUUUCCAUCGUCACUUAAAAUCCUCAUUCUUCCAAACUACCGAUUUACACUCAAGCCUGGAGUACUUCCAAACAAUCUAUACAAACUCCGCUAUUCUGGAGAGAAAACUACAUUAGUGGAAGGAGUACUGCCAGAAUCACUUAGAAUAUUGGAUAUUGCGUCAGCAUAUUGGCUUGAAGGUCCAGCUUCUGUCCUACCAGUAAAUCUUGAACAACUUACACUAAAUGACAAGUACUGUACCGAUCUCUUACCAAUCAACAUCAAAACCCUACCACCCAAACUGAAAGUUCUCCACUUUCAUAAAUCAUAUCAAUUAAUAGGAUCAAUUCCCACAUCUGUUAACGAUCUUCAUCUUGCAGAGUGUCAAUUCGAAUUCAAUGAAUUGUUUCCACCAACAUUACAAUAUCACUUUAAACAAUUCAAGUAUUCCAAUAGCGAAAUACUUGCGAUUCCACCAAAUCUAAAGAUAGAUCGAUUGGUAGUAGAAGGAUCGUUCGCAAAACCAAUUACAUCACUUCCUUCAGGUAUAGAAUCGAUCUACUUGGGAAUGUCAAUCCAGGGUGUUCCUUUUAGUGGUAAUUUCAUUCCAGCAACGGUGAGAGAGAUAAGACUACCAUAUUCAGGAAUGAUGUUACCUACAUUACCAAACACCAUUGAAUCUUUAGAUUUAGGUGAAAACAAUCUGGAAAGAUCGAUUAAUAUGAUUCCACCUUCGGUAAAGACCCUUACCUUUUCUGAAUCUACCAAAAAAGUUCAGCCUCCAGAACAUUUCAUCAAAAAUUUUACCAAUAUAAUUUAUCAAAACUACUAUGGGUAUGGUGGAUAUAGAGUCAGAAAGUUAACAGACCAAUUCUCUUUGGUCUAUUUGGAUUCAAAUGAACAACUUUUUGUUCACAUAGUCAAUCAAAAAAAAAUUGAGCGAUUACUUCACCAUCUGACUCAUUUUAAAUCAAAAGUUUAA